UCGACAAGGCUGAUAGGCGAGGCAGUGAAGUACAAGGCACAUUAAAAUUUCUGUGGCGCAUAUAAGGACAGACAUCUCUCCCAUCCAUACCGCAUGUGUUAUUUCUUUUGUAUACCAGGUUAUCGUUUUCGUCAAAACCAAGAAUCGAGGUUAUCGAGAUGAAGACGCUCCGUUUUGGGCAAUCAGGACACACCUCAGUGUUGAAACCCCGACGCGAGUGGCAGUACGUUGAAAUUUGGGAUGAGUUCAACAGCCCUGCUGGUUUCAGCUCCAGUGAGAAAUUCUUGAGCGAGGAAGAAUUGCUGCAAUGGGUAUCAAAGCGUCGUGAAGCUCGGCCAAAGGCAACUCACAGGGUCCUGUUCAGCCCGGCGUCUCCAGAUGGUGAGCCUCCGGCUUUAGGAGCAAUUCCACGGCGCACUCUACAGAGUAUAACCCGUGCCUGGAACCUCCCCUCCUUGACCUAUCUUGCCGAUUCGAGGGAAAUGUCAGUCUGUUAUACAGCAAAGGCCGUGGCUCAGAUCGAUCGUGUCUCUGGGCUGGUAUUGCGGAAUAACCACGGUGGGCAUUGGUUCUACUGCCUUGCAAUGAGCUACAAUGGAGAGACGCGGGAAACAUGUGCUCUAAUCAUCGGACUUCACAAUAAUUCGAUCCAAUCUCUCAAAAUGUGGCUUAAAGACUGAAUUUCAAAUUCUCUACAACUACAUCGCGAUAAAGUAUGGGAAGUUGAAAAUGAUACGGGCCUACAUUAUCGCAACACCGAUCCAGAUCAUCCCAACAGAUCCGAGGCCUUGGAUUUGGACAGAAUUAUAAGGAAACUGACCGGUCUUCCAGGGGCAAUAUCUCAUAUAGAAUUUAUCUGUCAAACACAGCUCCGGUUCUUAGAAACACUAGCUCAGUGGUCAACGGCUGCUUAUGCAGUUACUACGGCUGAACGCGACCUAUAC